CUCCCUUCAUCCCUCCCCCAGGCAUCCCAAUACAAAAGAAAACUUUCUGCAUGGCAGCUAGCUAGGUAGACAGGAUGUUCUUUUGUACAGAAUGGUGCAGGUGGGAAAAUGAAAACUCUCUGUCUCUUUGAAGAUACAAGCUAGCUGAAAUUAGCAAAAGAAAUCAGUGUGAAGGUUUUUUAUUUUGAAGGGGAUUUACUUCUAGCACUGGAAACAAACAUAUAGAAGGAAAAAUGGAUCCCUUGUUUUGGUCAUCAGAAGCUAACAACUUUCGACCUUUCACCCGUGAGUCCUUGUCAGCAAUAGAGAAAAGAAUUGCUGAGAAAAAAUCCCAGCAAGCUCAAGCUAAAAAGGAGAAUAACGACAAAGAAGUUGAAGAAAAUAAACUUACUCCUAAGCUUGACCUGAAAACCGGCAAAAACCUGCCAGCUCUGUAUGGGGAUCUUCCUGUGGAGCUCAUUGGGGAACCCCUGGAGGAUAUUGAUCCAUACUACAGUGAUCACAAGACUUUUAUGGUGUUAAACAAAAGUAGGACUAUUUACCGGUUUACUGCCACACCUGCCUUGUGUAUAAUUAGUCCUUUUAAUCCAGUCAGAAAAGCAGCAAUUAAAAUUACGAUCCAUUCAUAUCCAUUUACUUGCUUUAUUUUGUGUACUGUGGUACUCAAUUGUGUUUCCAUGACUGUAAAGCUUCCAAAUGAACUCUACUGGACUGAAUAUAUUUUUACUGGCAUAUAUACUUGUGAAAUAUUGAUAAAAGUAGUAGCAGCAGGAUUCGUUUGGAAUGAAUUUACCUUUCUUCGAGAUUCAUGGAACUGUGUGGAUUUUGUCACUGCUGUCAUAACGUAUGUAACUAUGGGCAAGGGUUCAGCUCUUCGAACUUUCAGAGUACUGAGGACUUUGAAAGCUAUUUCAGUAAUACCAGGUCUGAGAGUCAUCGUAAAUUCACUUAUUGAAUCUGUUAAGAGACUUACAGAUGUGUUGAUCUUCACUGUUUUUUGCUUGAGUGUAUUUGCUCUAAUAGGCCUUCAGCUUUUUAUGGGCAAUUUAACAUUCAAAUGUGUCCUCAAUAAUACUGACUACAGUGAUACAUUAUGUAAGGAUGCUAAGAUGUAUGUACCAAGUACUGACGAUAUCUGCGCCAGAAUGAAUAAAUCUUCUGACAUAUUGCUCUGUGGGUUCAGUUCAAAUCGUGACAAUGAGUGUCCAAAAAACUAUACCUGUAAGUCGAUUGGGAAGAAUCCUGACUUUGGUUAUACAAGUUUUGAUCAUUUUGGCUGGGCCUUCCUUUCUUUGUUUCGUCUGAUGACACAAGAUUACUGGGAGCGUCUCUACAGACAAAUGUUGGCUGCAGGAGAAGGUAAUAAGACCCUACCUGUCAGAUCUGAAAUGUCAGCUGCUGACUUGAAAAAUUCAGAAGAAAAAGAAAUGAAGAAAGAAAAACCUAUUUCAAGAAAAAGUUCAAUUUUAAGUGAUCAUGACAAAGAUGAGCAUAUAUUUCAGGCACAGCCUCGUCACUGCCACAAGAAGCUUAGGCAGGUACUGCUGUCCUAUGAAUUGUCAGUGGACUCUAUUAAUGAUCCUUUUCAAAGACAAAGGUUAAUGAGCGCGGCCACUGUUAUUACAGAAAUGCAAAAGUCAAAAAUUAAAUGCCCUUCUCGAUGGAAACAUCUUGCUCAAAAGUAUCUAAUUUGGAAUUGUUGUCCAUUCUGGAGAGCAGUCAAAGAGAAGGUGAAAUUGGUAGUUUUGGAUCCAUCUGCUGAUCAUUUGAUCAUGUUUUGCAUUAUCGUGAAUACCUUUUUCAUGGCUUUGGAGCAGCCUGGCAUGAACUCUGAUUACCAAAACAUAAUUUCUAGAAGUGACUGGGUCUUCACCCUGAUUUUUACAGCAGAAAUGAUCUUGAAAAUCAUUGCUCUUGAUCCUUACAACUACUUUCAGCAAAAAUGGAAUAUUUUUGAUAGCAUAGUUGUUAUGAUUGACCUAAUAAGCUUUAAAGAAAAUCUGUCAUAUUUCAGGCUGCUCAGGAUCUUCAAAUUGGCAAAGUUCUGGCCAGCCUUAAAUACUCUUAUGCAAACAAUUCUAAACUCAGUUGGUGCUCUGGGUAACCUCACUCUGGUUUUGAUUAUCACUGUAUUUAUUUUUGCUGUAGUAGGAAAGCAGGUUUUAGGCACUUACUAUGACAGCUAUUCUAAAACAAACACUAGUGAACCGUUACGCUGGCAUAUGAAGGAUUUUUGUCAUUCAUUCCUGAUUAUAUUCCGAAUAUUAUGCGGAGAAUGGAUUGAAACCAUGUGGGAAUGUAUGGAAGUGGCUGGGAAAGGGCUAUGUCUUCCCAUUUUCUUGCUAGUCCUGGUCAUAGGAAACCUGGUGGUGCUCAACUUAUUCAUUGCCUUGUUGCUGAAUUCGUUCAAUACUGACUCCUCAAUGGGACAAGAAGAACCUGGACAAAUGACCAAAAGUCAGAUUACAGUUGCGCAGAUUCACAAGGGCCUGCAGUCUGUGAAAGACAGAAUUUUGGGUCAUUGUGGCAAAACAAUGAAAAAAAGCCUCAAAAAAACAGCCAAAAAGAAGACUUUGGUGAAAAUUUCUGCCAAAGACAUAGAGGAAAAUGACCAUGCCGUGACAGAUGUCAGAAAGGAUAUAGACAACAGCAGCUUUGACAUGGGAUAUUGCAAUACUGAACAGAAUUGCCCAGUAACAAGGAAAUACGAAGCAUUUUUAACCAGUCAUAGUACCUGUGUUCCCAUUGCAGUAGCAGAGACUUACAUGGAUGAUGGUGGUGAUGAGCACAGUGUAUGCGCAGAAAUAGAAUAUAAAAAACAGGGAGACAGGUUAAGAUGUACAGAGAAGUGCCGGAAUUCGAGUGGCUUCAGUCAGAUUUCUGGGACUUCUGAAACUUUAAGUUGUUUUUCAGAAACACACCAAAAAAAAGAGCAAAAAGAGAAAUGUGAUGGUGGUAGCUAUUCUGAAGCCAGCACUGUGGAUCCAGUUAUUCUCCUGGAGACCUUUUCCCAGCCUAAAAAGUCACACCUACCUAAGGACUGUUUUACAGAAAGUUGCGUUGAAUAUUUCCCGUGUUGUGCAGUGGAUACCUCUAAGUUUCCAGGCAGAACUUGGUGGAACUUUAGAAAAACCUGCUGCAAAAUUGUUAAACAUAGCUGGUUUGAACUUUUUAUAAUUUUUAUGAUAAUAUUGAGCAGCGCAGCACUGGCAUUUGAAGAUAUUCACCUGCAGGAAAGACAAAAAGUGAAAAUGCUUCUAGAGUACGCUGAUCAAAUAUUUACCUACAUCUUUUUUAUGGAGAUGCUUCUGAAAUGGGUAGCUUAUGGUUUGCACAGUUAUUUCACAAAUGCCUGGUGUUGUCUAGACUUCAUCAUUGUAUGUCUGUCAUGUGUUUCCUGGGGAAUAAAUACUGCUUCCGACUCAUCACUUUGUUCCUCUGGGAGUUCCCUGAAGUCUCUCAGGACUCUUAGAGCAUUGAGGCCUCUCCGAGCUUUGUCAAGAUUUGAAGGGAUAAAGGUUGUUGUGAAUGCACUCUUGGGAGCCAUCCCUUCAAUCUUGAACGUUUUGCUCGUCUGUAUUGUCUUCUGGCUGCUAUUUAACAUUGCAGGAGUAAAAUUACUUGGAAAAAAAUUUUGGAAAUGCACACUCACAGAAGUAAAUGGCAGUUUAAUUCAGAACAAAGAUAAUUGUACUCACUUUAAUGGAAAAUGGAUAAAUAGUGAUGUAAACUUUGAUAAUGUUGGAAUGGGAUACUUGGCUCUCCUCCAAGUGGCAACUUUUAAAGGUUGGAUGGAUAUUAUGUAUGCAGCAGUGGAUUCUCGUCAGAUAGAUGAACAGCCACAGUUUGAAGCAUUCUUAGCCAUGUAUAUGUAUUUUGUGAUUUUCAUUAUUUUUGGAUCUUUCUUCAUGCUGAACCUUUUCAUUGGAGUGGUUAUCAGCAAUUUCAACCAACAAAGGAAAAAGAUAAGUGGAAAAGAUCUAUUUUUGACUGAGGAACAGAAAAAGUACUAUAAUGCCCUAAAAAAACUUGGAUCAAAGAAACCUCAAAAACCCAUCCCAAGACCAUUGAAUAUGUUCCAAGGAUUGCUGUUUGACAUAGUAUCACACAAAGCAUUUGAUAUUACUGUUGCAGUUUUCAUCUGUCUAAAUAUGGUCAUUAUGAUGGCAGAAAAUAAGCAGAACGACAUCAAGAAUGUUCUUAAUAAAAUCAACCUUUUUUUCGUGGCAGUAUUUACUGCGGAAUGUGUCAUAAAAAUACUAGCCUUAAGACGUUACUUCUUCACCUCUGGCUGGAACAUAUUUGACUUAGCUGUUGUGAUCCUUUCACUAGUUAGUACUGGACUUUCUGAAGGCUUUCAUGCUUUGUUCUCUCCUACGCUGUUGAGAAUUUUUCGUUUGGCAAGAAUUGUCCGAAUCCUGAGAUUAAUUCGACAAGCUAGAGGAAUUCGAGCUCUGCUUUUUGCCUUACUGAUGUCUCUUCCUGCACUGUUCAACAUUGGUCUUUUGCUUUUUCUGGUUAUGUUCAUUUAUGCCAUUGUGGGCAUGACAAACUUUGCCUGUCUUGACUGGGAAGGUGGUAUUGAUAACCUUUUCAACUUUCAAACCUUUGAUAGUAGCAUUCUCUGUCUCUUUCAAAUUACAACGUCAGCUGGCUGGGAUGGUCUUCUGGCCCCUCUGUUAAAAGACUCUAAUUCAUGUGCUCCCAACUUAAAUUUAACAAGUGAACAGAAAAAAAAUUGCAAAAGUAAGGGAUUUGGUAUUUUUUAUUUUGUAAGCUAUGUCAUUAUAUCAUUUCUUAUUGUUGUAAAUAUGUACAUAGCUGUCAUUUUAGAGAACUUCAAUAUUGCCACUGAAGAAAGCACAGAUCUUCUUUGUGAGGAUGACUUUGAUAUGUUUUAUGAGACCUGGGGAAAAUUUGAUCCUCAGGCAACACAGUUUAUUGAAUAUUCUGCUCUUUCAGACUUUGCAGAUGCUCUGGCAGAACCCUUACGCAUUCCAAAGCCUAAUAAAAUUCAGCUCAUAUCCAUGGACCUCCCUCUAGUUAGUGGAGAUAAGAUCCACUGCUUGGAUGUCUUGCUUGCUUUCUCUAAAAGGGUUUGGGGAGAAUCUGGAGAUUUGGGUGAUCUUGAAAUGCACAUUGAAGAAAAAUUUAUGGCUGACGAUUCAGCUAAAAUUUCUUGCAACCCAAUUACUACUACCCUUAAAAGGAAACAAGAGGAAGUAUCAGCUCUUAUUAUUCAAAAGGCCUUCCGGAGGUAUUUGGUGCAGCGUUCUUCUAAAAAGAAACCUUUCUUAUACCAUCAUAAACACUACAACAGUGCUGUCUUUGAAGAAGGAACAAGUGAGAAGGGAAGUCCUACUGCAUCAAUGCUUAAUGGAGAUAAUGGUAGGAAGCUAGAUAAAUCAUGGACAACAUCUUCCAUAUCUCUCCCUUUAUUUUGUGAUGGUAUUGCUGAAACAGAUAGCAAUAAUGUUGACACAUAAGGUUGCCCCAGGCUGCAGCAUUUUUGACUAAAUCAGUAUCAGUUAUUUUCAGAUGGAGAAAAUAUUCAGAUGGAGCGUAAUGCUUUAAAUUUUGAAUAGUGCUGGCAACCUUUAAAUAUUGUGAUUGUUCUAUUUUGCAAAUGCUCCUUGAAGCAAGUAAGAUUUGAACAAAUAUGUCAAAUAUUAGAGGAAAACCAA